AUGCGUCUGUCAUUGUUGGCUACACUCGUUACUACCCUUCUUUUCACAGGAGCCCUGUCCUCCCCCCACCCUAAGUAUGACGGCAAGAAUGGAGACAAGAAGGUUCAACCACCAUCGUGCGGCCCUGAUGUUGCUGGAAAGAAAUCCUUGGCCUACUAUGGAAACUGGGACAUCUAUGCCCGCAGCUUCAUGGUAACCGACAUCCCCGCCGAUAAAUUGACUCAUCUCUCCUACGCUUUUGCCAAUGUCAACACCACCACUGGUUCAAUUAUGUUGAGCGAUGAAUGGGCCGAUCUGCAGUAUGCCUAUCCCGGCGACGAUACCUCCGCCUCCGGCACCAACGUCUACGGAAACAUCAAGCAGCUCUACCUUCUCAAGAAGGCCCACCGCAACCUCAAGACUAUCCUCUCCGUGGGCGGAUGGUCCUACCGGAUGAAUUUUGCCCCCAUGCUGGCGUCCGAGGCCAAGCGCCGCAAAUUCGUGGACUCUGCAAUGCAACUGGUGUCCGACCUGGGGUUUGACGGCCUUGAUAUUGAUUACGAAUACGUCGACGGUGCCGAACAAGCCGCCCAGAUGGUCAGUCUGCUCAAGGAUCUGCGCCACGGCUUCGACGGCCUUGCCAAGAAGCUGAACGCCACCUCGCCGUUCAUCAUUUCGUACGCCAGUCCUGCCGGACCAGACAAGUACAAGCAGCUUGACCUCGCCAAGAUGACUCCCUACGUCGACUUCUACAGCUUCAUGGCCCUUGACUACAUGGGUGGAUUCAGCAACUACUCCGGACACCAGGCCAACAUCUUCUCCGACAUAUUUAACCCCAAGUCGACCGACUUUGAAACGAACUCCGGCAUCCUGUACUACAUCUCGAGCGGAGCCCCCGCUUCCAAGAUCCUGCUUCAGUCUCCCCUCUACGGUCGCUCCUUCAACCAGACUGCUGGCCCUGGUACCAACUUCACUGAUGUCGGCACCCUAGGCAGCUUCGGCACCGCCGGUGUCUGGGACUACAAGGCGCUCCCCGUGCCCGGUUUCAAUGCUAGUGUCGUCGAGCUGCCCUCGAUCGGCGCCAGCUACAGCUACGACGCGGCCCGGAAGUACAUGAUCUCCUACGACACCCCCGAGAUUGCCAGAAUCAAGGCCGAGUACGUCAAUGGCCUUGGUCUGGGUGGUGCUAGUUGGUGGGAGGUCAGCAUGGAUCGCAACGACACCAAGAGUCUGAUCACCACGACUAUCGACGCGUUUGGCGGUGCCGACGGGCUGGAGAAGAGAAAGAACAACCUCAACUAUCCCACCAGCAAGUAUGCCAACUUGCGUGCUGGUUUCCCUGGCCUGUGA